AUGGGUUCAUGCAAAACAUAUUCUAGGAUGUGGAUCUUAAUUUUGGUAUUUAACCAAUCGGUUAGUUCAGUGAGUUGUACGGUUUCACAAAACUGGAGGAACGUCAUCCUUCUUCAUAUUCACUCAAGAUCCAAAACUUCUCGCAACUCAAAAACUCAACUCUCUUCUCUGACGAAAAAUACCAGUCUCGUCGUUUCUCUUCUGGUGGAUAUAACUGAUAGCAUAAGCUUCGUGUCCACUCUAUCAUUUGAGGUGUUUGCGGAUCUGAGAUUCUCUGUCUACAACAAGAGGAAAAACAAGUUCUUUACUAUUCAAGAUGUAGAAGCGAUCAAGUCGUUCAAUACAUUAAGAACGGUGUGGGGAUUUCCUCGAGUGCUUCCACUUGAUACAUUCAAUGACCCUAUAAACGGAUACAUCUAUGAAGCUGACCAAUGUGAGUUUGGUGUUGAUUUCAUUGUCGCUCCACCACCUACCAAUUGGAAAAUCCUCUCUUUUCAUGAGAAGUUUCCUCGUCCGAAAUUCUCUUGGACUGUUGCCAGUUUCUCUAAGUUGAAAGAGAACUCUUACACAUCAACCAAGUUCUCAAUGGGAGGAAGUUAUUGGGUUCUAAAGUUGUAUCCAAAAGGCAACCGUAGAGCAGAUGGCAAAUGGGUAUCCAUUUUUCUGUGUUUGGAUUACAAUGAAACAUUAGAGGCCGAUGAGAAGAUUUACACAAGAGCACAUCUCCGAGUUCAAGAUCCAUUAGGAUACAACCACAUCACAAACAAACAUGACUGCUGGCACGAUAACCAACGCGAAUGUUGGGGUUGGUAUCAAUUUGUGUCUAUAGCUGAUCUGCAUGCUUACUUGGACAAGGAGGGCUCUUUGAGUUUGGACAUUGAAUUUGAAGUUGUCUCCACAACCAUAUGA